UGACAGCGUUGCUUUGGCGCUGUGGAACGAAGAGCGCGCCUAGGACGAGCUUUUGGAAGCACGGGGACGCGCCAAGCAGUGCAGAUGUGUCGCAGAUUUGAGAAGUCACUGUACAUACGGAAAUAUCUGGUACAAGGAAGUGGAAGGGAGAAAUUCAGCUCCAACUUAAACGAAAACAAUGCUCAGUUUGUAGAGGGAGGGUUGGGGGAGGAGAAACGCGACGCGUAGAGACUUGUCAUUGCCUGUAUACAGUCACUUUAUAGCGGAGAGCUAAAAUAACAUCACUUAUUCUCGUUUGUACUGGAUCAAUCUAUUUCAAAGAGCAGGCAGAACGUUCUGUGCUGGACCAAUGGAGCUGUCAGCGAUUGGUGAACAAGUGUUUGCUGUGGAAUCAAUAAUCAAGAAAAGAGUUAGAAAGGGAAACGUGGAAUAUCUGUUGAAGUGGAAGGGAUGGCCACCCAAAUACAGUACAUGGGAACCAGAGGAGCACAUCUUGGACCAGCGUCUGGUGCAGACCUAUGAUGAGAAAGAGCAGAAGGACAGAGCCCUGGGGUACCGGAAGAGAGGACCCAAAGCUAAAAGGCUUCUACUACAGAAUACUAUUUACAACAUGGAUCUCCGGAGCGCCCAUAAGGCCCUAGAGAAACCUCCAGCUCGCCUACGUCUUUCCCUGACUCGCUCACUGGAGUCUGAGGCAGAGGACCCAACCUAUGGGGCCUGUAGACGGAGCCUGCACCCCCGCCUGGCCCAUCGCAAGAACAAACCCAGAAGAUCACAGUUCAUGUGCCUGGCCUCUCCCCCUGGCCCCCCUAACCCCACAAAGGUCCCCACACAUGAUGAUUGGGGAAGGAGAGUAGAGGAAGAUGACAUGGAGGAAGAGGAGGAAACUCAACAGGAGCAGUCGGAGCGAGAGACAGAGAUAUGCAGUGGCAUUCUGAAUGGGCAGGAUAGGGCAGAGGACUGGAGUUCUGUGAUUGGCUCAGACGAAGUGACCGCGUCAGAGCGGUCUGCUGUUUGGAGCCCAGUGAUUGGCCCAGGGGAGGUGACCGUGACUGAUGUCACCAUAAACUCUCUCACAGUGACUUUCAAAGAAGCCCUGGCAGCCAAAGGCUUCUUCAGAGGCUGGGGCUUAGAGUUCUGAAACACACAGCUGCACAAACAGACGAAACCUGGUCUGGGAACAGAAUGAGAGAGAUGGAAAGUGUGGCUCUUGAGUUAUCUUUACACUCUGUUUGGACUGUGUGACCGCUUGUUCUCCUCAUCCCUCAUCCCCCAUCCCUCAUACCCUUCUUCCCUUUCUGGUUGUGUGAUUGACCUCUGUCCACACUAACUUCCUAUUUCAUUCAAUAGGCAUACUGUAGUGUACAGUAUAUACUGACUACAUUGAGAUGGGCAUACACUCCUACGUUGAGCUAUACACAGUAUACUGUAUACCAUAUCCUUCUAUACAAAACAGUUAAUUUUCUGGACUGUUAUUAGAUAAACAUGUGGCUUAGUAGAGUCUUGUGGUGAUUUAGAAAUCCUCUGCAAGAUGGCUUUAUCAGCCUGCAUGCCUUUCUCCUGUCCUCUCUCUGGGUACAUACUGAUACUCAAGACAUUUUGGUGACCCACUAAAGCCCUGUGCAACACAUCCAGUGUAAACUAACCUUAAAAGUGGAACCAAAAACCUAUAUAAAAAAACAGACUUAGGAACAGUCUGUUCUUUUCUGAAUUGCACUGUAUUUACGUCAUGAUGUUGUGUCAUCUUUGUGGAAUCUUCCUUGUCGCCUCCCAUUGGUCAGUGCCUGUUUAUCCCACUCCCAAGCCUAGACUGAUGGGUCUUGUUACCGAUGUUCCCUAAAAAAAAUGUUCAGCACUGAGCAAAUGUCAGGUCUGCUGAGCACAAACUUGAACAUUGUGAAAAUUCUGUGCAACUUCUGGCGCGCACUGAGGCUGUAUCCGCUUUAAGUUAGUUAUAAUAGUGGCCAAGUAGGCAACUGUGGCUAUUUGAUCAUAAUGUAGGCUUACCAGAGUUUCCUACCAUGAAGGAAAAUGCAUCCCAUAACAUUUUAACAAAUAGCUGUUCUAUCAUUCAGCCUACAGUAGCAGCCAAUGUGUGGUGUUCAAUGUUGGCCUACAUUCCACUUUUGAAAAAAGCAUGUAGGGAUUGAAAUGAACCUGUUUAUCCUUCAGACAAGGAGGUUAAUGAAAAUGUUGUUGUUUGAUGCAAGAAACCGCUUUAGAAAAUAACAUUCAUUAUUAUUUCCAUACCAUUAUUACAGAGAAUAAGGACAAUUAUGCUACCCUCUGCCUAUUGACUACUUAGCUUAUUCAAGCCUUUCUCAAUAUAUAACACUGCCCCCCGAGUGGUACAGCGGUCGAAUGCACUGCAUCUCAGGGCUUGAGGCGUCACUACAGACACCCUGGUUUGAAUCCAGGCUGUAUCACAACCGGGGGUGAUUGAGAGUCCCAUAGAGUGGUGCAGAAUUGGCCCAGCGUCGUCCGGGUUUGACCGGUGUAGGCCGUCAUAAGAAUGAGUUCUUAACUGACUUGCCUAGUUAAAUAAAGGUAAAAUAUAUAUAUUAUAAUAAUUAAGAAAGAAAUUGUCUAGAAAUGCACGCGUUGUAGGAAGCAACCACUCCACCAUUGCUGAUGAGAAAUUAGCUCUAACUAGGCUAAUAACUCACUUACUAGCAAAGAACAUGAACAAAUGUACACACGUGGCUACAUGCAGCUCUUGCGCUUGUUUUGAGAUCAAAGCAUCUACUCCGGACCACUCAUGCUGUAAACACAGUCCUUGGCACAGAUCAUAUGGCAAUGGUCUAUUUGCAUAUAGGGAUACUGCAGCUCUGAUUUGUUAUGGCGCACUGGUCUGUGUAGAUUAGAGUAUGGGCCUGAGUCGUGCCUGUCAAUGCAAUAUAAACCUACUCCAAUGCGCGCUGCCUACAAUCAACUAUUUUACAGUUUUGUGUCGGUAUGUUUCGUUGAAAGGGGCUAAUAUUGCGUUGAUUUGAUCACAAUUCACACAGCAGAAGGAACCGUUGAUAGUGUUAACCAAAGGGGAAAACUAGAAAGUUGAGUGAAAUUCAAUCUCGUGCUUCUCUGUGCAGGUUGAUAUUUCUUCUGUGCAGCAGUCCCAGUUGAGCACGCAGUUUAGAGUGAUAAUUGCUCGUGACUCAGUAAAAUGAUCUCGGUCUGAGACCACAAUGCAGCGAGGAAUUAUGGAAGUGCCUGAUAUUGUUUCUGUAGAGCUUUUACGGCUUGUGCAAGCACGCACCCACCUUCAAAACGCAACACUAGCAGCCACGUUUUUGGAUGUUUAUUCAUCUGAUCCUUUGGGCUUGAAGUGAGAAUGCUUCUUACACCUUAAUUCCAGGGAGAGGAGAGACAGACAGAAGGGUAUUGUGUAUUACUAGUCGUUAUUUUUAUAUAUCAAUCUGACAAUGUAAUUCAAUGUAUUUAUUCUUUAAAGGAGAAACCUUGUGCAUUAGUAAAUACAGAGGAACUGAAAUGUUUUUAUACUCUGUAGUUCUGAUGACUAAACUAUGUGCUCACGCUGUAGCCAUGACAAGGCUCUUACUUUAUAUUAUUGCCAAAUGUGGUUUGUUGCUUCUGCUGCUGCUUAAAUAUUCACUGCUGAGCAAGGAACUGUUGCACUUUAUUAUGGCUCGUCUAAUCAGAAAAGUGAUGUAAUAAAUCUACAAAAACCAUCAUCUAUAUUCUCCGUCAAUGUCUGAGAUUAUUUGUAUUGUACUGAAAAUAAACGUCUCUUUUAAUUCUUAA